AUGUCAACUGCAUUCCCGCCAGAAGAGCUGAAGCAAGUCAUUCAGGAAAUAGCCACGCUCCUCAAAGAACGCAAAGAAACCAUUUCAGUUGCAGAAACCGCAGCAGGAGGCUUGAUCUCGGCAUCACUCCUCUCCUUCCCCGGCGCAUCAACCUAUUACAAAGGCGGCCUCACCCUCUACACACUCGAAUCGCGAAUCGCCUUUGCAGGCUGGACGGACGCGCACAUCAAAGACUACAAAGGACCAACGCCGGUCAUUGUCUCCGGGCUCGCAGAACACACGCGCAAGACGCUCGGUAGCACGUAUACUCUCAGUGAGAGCGGGACUGCUGGGCCAACUGGCGGGCAGACUAGGAAUCGUACACCGGGUUAUUGCGCCCUGGCUGUGGCGAUGGAGGGUAGGAAGACGGUCACGCGCGAGAUUGAAACUGGAACUAGCGAGCGAGAGGGCAAUAUGGUCAGGUUUGCGCUCGAGGGGUUGAAGUUGGUCAGGGAUGUUAUCAAGGGGGAUGGGAAGCUGUGA